AUGCCUUCUUUAUACCGCAUCUUUUUCGCAUCUGGUAGAGUCUUCACUCCCAACCAGCUGCCCCCUUCCUCGUCAGACUGCGCUCGGCUCAGGUGCGUCGGAAAGCCGGAUCAGGUUGACAGCAAAGUAACUUUACCUGGAAGGCGCACGGUGAAAACAGCCGGCGGGUUCCGGACAAAUUCUUAUUCCUUUAAACCCCGUCGUAAAACCAGGGGCACAGAACCGAGCGGGUUCCUCGAUACUAUGCAGGUAACGUUCUGCCGGCUGCGCACGCGCCAGUGGUGCUUCAUCGUCUUCAAUGUUCUGCUCUUCCACGCCCUGCUGUUCGGAGCAGACUUCAUCGAGGAAUACUUCCUCCAGGCUGCGCCUUUCUCCUACACGGACGCCAAGUUCAUGGAGAUCCGAGAGCGGGCCAGAAACCUGGACGCGCGUCUCAUGAAUGGCAACGUUUCCGAGUCGUAUCUGAUCAGCGGACCCGACCUCUGCUCCGGCAGAGAUGUUUUCUUGCUCUCCGUCGUCUUCAGCGACCCAGAAAACAAGACGAGGAGGGACGUUAUCCGGCGUACUUGGGGUAACGUAACGGCCUUCAAAGGUCGGGUCGUUCUCACGAUCUUUGCUUUGGGAAGGCCAGUCUCGGAAUUCACCCAAUCGGAAGUCACGAACGAGUCAAGAAUCCACCGAGAUAUAGUGGAAGGACGUUUCCUGGACGCCUAUCGGAACGAAACGCUGAAGAUGAUCAUGGUGAUGAAAUGGGCAGUUACUUUCUGCCCCAACGUGAGAUUCAUCCUCAAAACCGACCAAAGUAUGUUUGUUAACAUCAACAGCUUGGCUGACCAUCUUCUCGGCUUAGACACGAAUUCUGAAGACCUCUACACGGGACGAGUAGUCCAUCAAAGCGUUCCUGACCGAAACCCCGGUAGUCUAAAUUUUAUCCCGUGGUCAUCCUAUCCAGAAGCCUAUUACCCGGAUUACUGCGGCGGGUCUGCUAUGGUCGUGUCCCAGGACGUAGCUCGGAAGGUCUACCUGGUGUCCAAGGAAGUCCCCACGUCUGUUCCAUCUGAUGCCUUCAUAGGCAUUUGUGCUGAGAAAGCGGGGGUUCUGCCUGUCCACAGCGCGCGGUUCUCCGGCUCGAGGCACAUCAGAUAUAACCGCUGCUGUUACGAGUUUAUCUUCUCGUCUUUGGUUGAGAAAGACGAGGAACUCUCUUUAGCCUGGAAAGACAUGACCGCGGGAGAGGAAUGUACCAUUAUGAAAACGUACUAUGGCCUUGUGUCCUGCAAAGUCUGGGCUUACAUAGACAAGUUUAGUUAUUUCAAUAAGGAUGAAACGAAGCACAUGUUGUCCUUUUAAUUCCUUUCCCUGUAGGAUGAAACUUUGUAUCCUCCUGAGUGGCGUAGAAGUCAAUGAAGGAGGACACGGAACACGUGUGAACCCGCCCCCCCCCCGAGACGUAAAACCAGAUGCUUUUUACAUAUUUAAUCCUACGUUGCUAUAAGGUUUCUCUAAGUAAUAGUGCAUACGGCACUAGAAAUGCUUAUUGUAACAUAUAAUAUUUAUCAUAAAGGGUGAAUUUAAAAAAGGCAAUUAAAAAAAUAUAUAUAUAUAUAUUUAUCCUGUAUGUAAAAAUAAAAGUGUGUUUUAUUAUAGUAUUUUAUUUCUUGGCUGCCAUUUUUGUUCUAGGGGGAAUUGUGUGAAAGGCUGCGGGUAACGGUUGGGGGGAAAUAGAGCGAUACCUUAAAGACCACCGGCUUCCGUGGGAAGGUGAUCGGGCGUUAAUGCGGAAAUGGGCCGGUAAGGAAGCUUCCGUAUUGCAUGCUAAAAAUCCAUAAAGAUGUAAAAAAAAAAAAAGACUGUAAAUCUGAAAAUAUGUAUUUUAUGGCUAUUUAACCCGCAGCUUUUUACCGUCCCUUUAAUUCCCGUCUAUGGCGAGAGGUAAUUUUGCUAAACACGCAGAGCUAAGCGCUUUUGGCUUCUAACUUCUGUAUUCAGGGAAUUUGUUCUUAUUUAUGAAGCCCGGGGCGGUGUUUCGCUCAGACGAACGAACAAAUGUGCAGCGGCGUUUUCUCACAAUGACUAAUUAAUAUGACGGAGACCUCGCGGGACAGGAUCAUGAACGCGAUAACAAAACGCAAGAUUACAUUCCACAAUUUUAUGUCAAAUAUGA